AUGGCCUCCCACUCGGAUGAUCACCGUGGCCGCACUCCUCACCUCCCCAUUCCGACAUACUCAGACCAUUCAUCACGCCACUCCCAUUCCGGCACGCACUCAAACUCAGAUUCCAUGCCAUCUUCACUACAUUCAAGCCCACUAUACACUGGUUCCCCAUCACCCAUUCCUCGUGAUCCUCCCUUGCGCCGAAUGCCAUCAGGGGCGUCCGAGAUGUCGUGGACUGCCCCCGAGGGAAGCGAGUCGGACCUUCCUGCGGAUCCCGAUUUCUUUAACCAGAUUGAAAACCACCUUCGUAGCGACACCAUCGCACCUCCGGCGGGAGUCAACAGGUGGGCUGCCGACAUCAAUGACGAGCUGACAAUCCCCCACCCUCUCCAUCAGCCAGCUGCUCGCUGUGAAGGCAACGAGCGCCCAGACGGAGAACGACUGGUUUACGGAACUAUGCCGGGGCCUCCUCUUGUGCCCCGGGUGCUCGAUAGAGUUAACGAGAUGAGGAACUGGGCGGAGUCCGUCGCUAACAAGAAGGCCCUCGACCCUCUUCAGCGUGAGGACUUGGUUGGCCUUGUUGAGCUCGCUGACUCUCAGGCUGUCCCCAUCGUUCAGAUGUUCGUAUGGAUGACUGCCUGCCAAUACGAGACGCAAAACGAGACUCGUGCUGCAUGUGAGGAGACCCGGCGCAUGGCCCCCGCAAUCGAGAAACUUCUAGGGCAGAUGGAGGAUACUUGGGACUUAUCCGACCCUCAGAAAACCCAGGUUCGCCGCCAUAUCCGGGACACGAUCGUCAACCCAGGGCGCACUAAGUUCGGCGAAGCACUUCAAAUCGGCGUACAGGAACAUCUCAAGAAGGACGCCGACUCUUUCGGGCUCUCUAAAGUUUUCGGCGACAAGAUCCGGGAGGAUGUGCUGAAGAGGUUUUGUAAGGAAGCGUGCGGAAAGGCUCGCAAUGUCUUGAAAGAUAAGAUCCUUGGCGGCGUGUUCCCACUGAAAGGGAAAGCUCUCAAGCUCGACGAUCACACCCACGAAAUUAUGGCAGCGUUCAAGAAAAACGGGGCAACCGGCUUGUCUAUCGAACAUUACCUUCAAGUUCUAUUGCUGCGACGUUAUGCCAAGGAUCACAAGUACGAGACCAAACCGAAGAACAGCGGCGGCGAAAACGAAGAGGACAGCGCCCGCAACAACGACAAUAGCAGCAACAUCUCCAACGUCACGAACGCUAGUCAACAACAACCGUCCGAUGAGCUUCGCCGUAGCUCGGCGCCACCAGGCCGUGUUCCCAAGGACCAGGCCUUUUGGCCAUACAUGGAACAGCGGCUUGCGGAUGCGGUCCAGAAAAACGGCCGGGAUGUAAAGAACACCGAAUGGAGGCAGUUUUAUAGUGACUUAUUCGCAGAGGAUGCAGCCAGAUACGGUGUUUGUUCAUUUUCCCUUCCCGAGAGCUAUCCCGUCCCGCGAUACAUUCCUUCUGUUCCCACCACCGCCCCUCCCUCCCAACGCACGGUGUGGAACACGUCCUCUGCCGCAGCGCCAGGCGUUGGAAGGCCGGCACCCAUAUUGCCAGGCGUCGCAGGCUCAGGCUCAGCCGCCGCUAGUUCCCAAGCAGGCCCGUCGCAGCCCAACCCUCUCCAGUAUCGCUUCUAG